AUAUAUUUAUAUGGACCAACAUAGCUUUCUAAGGAUUUUAAAAAUGAUUGUGGUGAUUACAUGUGGCUACAAAAUAUGUUAUAAUGUUUCUCUUUUAAUAUAUAGGGGAUUUGUGUAAUAACCAAUUUUGAAGGUAAAGUUAAGCAUAUGCCAUUGAUGUUGACAUUAUUAGAUUUCUGAAUAUUUAUUCACUCUUUUCCCGGUUUUAUCUUUUUUUAAAACAAGUUUUCAGUUGUAGAAAAAAAAGCAACAGCAGAAAACUUAUGGUGGUGAUUAUCACAGUAGCGGUGGUAGUGCUUACGUAGGAGAGGCUAAGGAUCGGUGAUGGUUAUCAUAGUUGCAAUGGAGGUGAGUAUGGUGGUGUUGGUGAAGCAGCGAUAAAUUUGAAAUAUGUAAAUGAGACAAAGAACUUGGUGGUGGUGAUGGUGAUGAUGAUGGUGGUGGGGUAGUCAAGAUGAUACAUAUGUAAAUUCGAAGAAAGUGAUGAUCGUUGAAGAAAAAAAUGUUUAUAAAAAGUUAUAAAUAGAAUAGAACAAAUUAAAUAGUACUCUACAUUAAUGAAGUUAUUAAAUAAAAUGGUAUAUUAUAAAAUAAAUUUUGUUCACUCGGUCAACAUCUAAGAUUGCUUCCAAUAAUCAUAUGCAUCUAGUGGAAGAUUAAACACCAUGAAAACAAAAUUAUAGGUAGUUCAAGUGAACAUAACUCUUACAUCUUUCAAGAAUUUGCGGAUGAUAAUAUAAAUAGAAUGGAACAAAUGAAAUGGUAUAGUACUUAUUAUCAAAAUUAUCAAAUAGUAUAAAAGUACUAUACUAUGUGUGUAUUGCAGAAUUAGUGGUUACGAAGAAUCUUCGGUGGGUGAUACAAAAGAUAUAUUAAGAAGUUAAUAGAUUUGGUGGUGAUCAUAGUGGUAGAGCCUACACUAUUAGAGGUCAAGUGAUGGAUGUGGUUAUGGAAGACGUGAUCGUGGAUGAUAGUUACUGAGGAGAAAGCGAUGGUGGUUAAUAUGAAGGAGAGGAAGGUAAGUACAUGUGAUAUAGCGAAGAAUACAUAUUUGGUUACUCAUCAAAAAUUACGGUGGUAGUAAUUAAAGAAUGUGGUGGUGGUUGGUAGAAGAAAAUAGUUAAACGAGAAGAAGGUAGAAGAAUAUAUUUGAUUUUUUUUACCGGAUAAUAGAGAUACUAUAGUAUAUAAUUAUAUAUAUUGUAUAAUAAUAGAAAUAUUUUAUUUUUAGUUAGAUAGUUAAUUAUACUUUAUUUUUUGGUUAUUCAAUCCAAUUUCCAUGCUAUUAUAAAACCCUAAAAUCCUAGACCGAACAAAAAAAAAAUUCUUGUUCGGCCGUUUCAACUCUCACCGUAAACAAAAAAAAUUAAAAAACAUGUCUGGUAAAAAGCAAGAGCUUCCCGUCUCCGACAAACCCUUAGCCACCGUCGAGAGUCCGAUGACAGAAACAAUCAAGAAGAAGAAGAAGAAGAAGAGCAAACACUCAGAGGAAACUCAGGAAGUCGAAGUGCCUCAAGAGGUCACCAACGGUGAGGAGUUGAGUAACAAAGAGAAGAAGAAGAAGAAGAAGCGUAAGAGAGAGGAGAAUGAGAUGGAGAACAAGAAGAAGAAGGAAACUGAUAAAGUUCCUGAAGAUUCAGGUGUGAGCAACGGAGGAGAGAGUGAACAGAAAGUUGUCGUUACCGGAAAAGAUGUGGAGGAAGCAAAGUACGCAGCUUUAACAUGUUUCGCUGAAUCAAAGUUGCCUGAGAAUGUUCUCGAUUGCUGCAAGACUUUCCAGAAGCCUUCUCCGAUUCAGUCUCACUCAUGGCCGUUUCUGUUAGAUGGUCGUGAUCUUAUCGGCAUUGCCAAAACUGGUUCAGGUAAGACAUUGGCGUUUGGGAUUCCUGCGAUUAUGCACAUGUUGAAGAAGAACAAGAAGGGUAAAGGAACAAGGAACCCGACAUGUCUUGUUCUUUCUCCGACAAGAGAGUUAGCUGUUCAGAUAUCUGAUGUUUUGAGUGAAGCUGGAGAACCGUGUGGUUUGAAAUCGAUUUGUGUGUAUGGUGGAAGCUCUAAGAGGCCUCAAAUCAACGCUAUUCGAUCUGGAGUUGAUAUUGUCAUUGGUACGCCAGGUCGUUUGAGAGAUCUGAUUGACUCUAAUGAGCUUCGUCUCUCUGAUGUUUCCUUUGUGGUGUUGGAUGAAGCAGAUCGAAUGCUUGAUAUGGGUUUCGAGGAACCAGUCCGGUUUAUACUGAGCAAGACGAAUAAAGUUCGUCAGAUGGUUAUGUUCAGUGCAACUUGGCCUAUGGAAGUUCACAAAUUGGCUCAGGAAUUCAUGGAUCCAAACCCUGUCAAGGUAGUCAUAGGUUCUGUAGACUUAGCUGCCAACCACGACGUUUUGCAAAUCAUCGAGGUCUUGGACGAUCGUGCUCGUGACCAGCGCCUAGUUGCUUUACUAGAAAAAUACCACAAGUCUCAAAAAAACAGGGUUUUGGUGUUUGCCUUAUACAAGGUGGAAGCUGACCGUCUUGAGCGUUUUCUUCAGACAAGAGGCUGGAAAGCUGUAUCUAUACAUGGAAACAAAGCACAGAGCGAACGUACCAGGUCUUUGGCAUUGUUCAAAGAAGGAUCCUGUCCGUUGCUGGUGGCUACUGAUGUGGCAGCAAGAGGGCUCGAUAUCCCGGACGUGGAAGUUGUGAUAAACUACAGUUUCCCUUUGACAACAGAGGAUUAUGUUCACAGAAUCGGGAGAACGGGAAGAGCAGGUAAAAAGGGCGUUGCACACACCUUCUUCACACAACAGAACAAGGGUCUUGCUGGAGAGCUAGUGAAUGUUCUCAGGGAAGCUAAACAAGUCGUGCCCGCUGAUCUUUUGAAGUUUGGCACUCAUGUAAAGAAAAAGGAAUCAAAACUGUAUGGACCUCAUUUCAAAGAAAUUGCAGCUGAUGCUCCAAAAGCUAAGAAGAUCACAUUUGCUGAUUCCGACGAUGAAGACUAGUUUUGUCUUAUUAUUUUAUGAUUACUAGGGCAAGCCUGUGCUUCGCGCUGGAAUUUGUUUUAUUAUAUAUUCUUUUACCAUUUUUUAGUUUAAAUGAUUUUAUUUUAGUUAUGUAUGAAACAUCAUUUUUGGAGUUUCUUAUAAAACUGUUACUAGGACUGG